GUCCAGCUGAUGCUGUGUGAGGUGCGGGUUGGUGACUGCCAGAUGAAGCAAAAAAUUUUACUCUUAAAACUAUGUUGCUGGUUCCUACCUCUGCCAGGGCUGCUGCAGGAGGCAUGGCCAAUACAGUAGAACUGCCACUACAGAUCUCUGCACAUGCCUAUUUGAUGAACCAUAUGGUUGAUGCAGAUGAUGAUGAUGAUGUCAGACUUCAUUUAGCUGCUUUGUGUGGUGAUGAUAAAGGCUUAAGACAGAUCACAGCAGACCCUCAGUAUAUUCAGUGGUUGAACUAUCGUGUUCGGCCUUACAUGUCACCUCCACUGAGAUUAGCAGUUUCAGGAGGAAACCCUGAAUGUGUAGAAGUGCUUGUGUCAGCAGGUGCAGACAUAGAGCUGGAAGAUGUGAAAGGACAAACUCCCAUCUUUGUUGCAACAUGUCAGAAAAAGUUAGAGAUAAUGAAGAUAUUGUUGGAAGCUGGGAAACCCGAAGGUGCAAAAAGAAUCGCUGUCCCUUUUAUAACUUCUGCAACGUGUAUAGGCGCAAGGAAAGGAUUCCAACUUGUCUCAUUUCUUCUCUGUUUUCAGCUCCUGCUAGAGUAUGGUGCUGAUCCCGAGCCUUUUGACCAUAUCUUCACAUGUGUACCUGGCUGGCCAUUGCAACAUGCUGUUGUUUAUGCUCAUUUCUCAUGUUAUUUUGAGCUAUUAAAAUCAGGGGCUUUAGCAAACCUUACCUCACUUCCCUAUGAAGUAGCUCCAAGAAUAGUAGCUCGAUUGUCAAUUCCACAUGCCAUUCUGAAAUAUUCAAGGGAGUAUCCAGAGUUUGUGAAGUUGUACUAUGAAUGUGGGGGGAACCUGCGCCAGCUAGGAACUGCUGGAACUACUUGUAUAGAAGAAUUUCUAGAAUGCUCACCUGCAAAGGAACUUUUAGUUACUUUAUCAGGAUUGCCUCUGAGCCUCAAAUCCUUGUGUCGCGUGACUAUCCGUCAGCUUUUAGGGAGAAGAAAUCUACAUAAGCUUUCAUCGCUUGAACUUCCAUUAUCUUUGUUUCCAUUUUUAAAUUUUGAGGAGUUUUCUCACUACUCAUUACAAACCAGAUUAAAUACUCGCAGUCGAAUCCAUACCACAGAAGAGUAAAGUUAUAAGAGUGAAAAAAAAAAGUUAAAAAAAAAAACAGUGCAGUUAAGUCUUGGUACAAUUCCACUUUGGGGUGAAAUAUUGUAUUGUACAGUUGAAGACUUUAUCCUAUUUCAGUUUUAACACUUGUCAACAUUACACCUUGUUUUGAGUAGUUACAAAGAGAAGAGUAGAUGGUUGAGAAAUAGUAUAUUUGUCAGAUAAAUCAAUUCCUUGAAAUUUAAUUUUUAAAAUAUACAAAGUAAAGAUUUAUUCCCAUGCAACUAAAUGGCAUUUUAUGUAUGUGUUUUGACUGAUAUUUUUGUCUCAGUGGUGAGUACAGCAUUUGAUGUGCCUUAAUGCCUUUUUAAAUAUAGAAAAUGAACUUCACUUGCAUCAUAAUACAGUUGCAAAAACUGAUUAAAUAAUGUAAAGCUAUUAAUGUAUAUUUUGUGAACAAUCAUGAAAUUAAAUAUAUUUCAAAUAUUUUUGUUAGUACUGGCACUAUAUUUUACAUAUGUUCAUUGCUGGCACAAUGUUAAGCAAUGUAAUUUUUUUUUGUUUGUAUUUAACUUUAUAAAGGCUGUGCUGUAACUUGCCUUAUUCAGGAAUAUUAUUAAUACAAAAUAGGUGGCCCCGUGGCUUGACUAGCAAAGCUCUUACUUCACACGUGGAGGGCCCGGGUUCAAUUCCCGGUGGGGUGGAAACAUUUUGAUGCAUUUCCUUACACCUGUUGUUCUGUUCACCUAGCAGCAAAUAGGUACCUGGGUGUUAGUUGACUGGUGUGGGUUGCAUCCUGGGGGACAAGAUUGAGAACCCCAAUGGAAAUAAGACACAGUCCUUGAUGAUGCACUACCUUUCUUGGGUUAUCCUGGGUGGCUGACCCUCCUGGGUUAAAAUCCAAACAAAAUCUUAUCUUACAUCUCUCUAUACUGUUAUUCACUAGGGAAGCACUGAACCCAGAAGGGUCAUACAGUGUCUGGAGAAUGAGAGGUUAUCAGGUUUGAUUCAAGGAAGAGGCAGACAGCUCCAGUUUCCUUGAUAAAGAUCCCUUCAACAGCCUUUAAGUACCUCCCUUCCUUAAAGGAUACAUAUAUUCUAGUCAUCUAAUGUGGUCAUUUUUAAUUCUGGAUUCUAAUGGUAUGAAUUCUCAGGUAUCUAAUUUUGUUUAUAACUAGAGCUUUUUAAAUACUGAACUAAUGUAAAAUAUAUAUAAAAUAAAAAACACUUAUUAUAAUGUAUUUGCUUAGUUUCAUGAAUGUUGUAUAUACAAAGUUUUAUUGAAGCUUUAUACUAUAUGUAUUUUGUAUUUGAAGUUUAGAGUAUAUUUAUGUCAGCAUUAUAUGUAAUGCACAGUGUUGGGAUGAGUGUUGUGAAGUUUAGUCAGACUGUGCACAAGGGUACAAGUCUAAAAUUAUUAUUAUUAUUAUAAUCAAAAAGAAGCGCUAAGCCACAAGGGCUAUACAGCACAAGUCUAAAAUAGUUUACAUGUUAUCAAAAAUUUUUUUUUUAGGGCUAAACAGUAGAUAUGAAAUAAUAAGGGAUUUAAAAACCUAAGUAAAUUUUUACAUAAAAGUAUUUUUUCUGUUUCAAGUAGACUGAGAGAACAUGGACAUCACAUUUAAAAUAUUUCAGUGGGCAAUGAAUGGUUAAUAAAUAUAUAACUGUGCCCAGUAUCACUUGUGUACAUAACCAGGUUGUCAUAUAUGGUAGAAUUUAGCCUGAAUAUUUAUUCUUACUCAAAACUAGUCAUUAUUAAUUAUAUUUACAGCUGUCUCGACUCUACACCAUAAAUAAAGUAACGAAUAUCCGACACUUUUUAAUCCUCUAAUUAUUAUUAUAAUCAAAAAGAAGCGCUAAGCCAUUUAAUCCUCUAAGCUAUAUUGGAAAGACUAAAUUGGUUUGAAUAAACUGAAGCACUGAUAUAAAUUUGGUAUUGUUUUAUUUAUUUUUAUGUUGAGAUAAUGUCAGUUGUUGCAUUUUACUCUUUUAAUUUUAAGAUACUAGUAAUAGCAUUUAUUAUGGCACACUGUUUGAUUAUUAUUAUAAUCAAGGGGGAAGCACUAAACCCGUAGGAUUAUACAGCGCCUAUGGGGGGAUGGAAGGCAUUCAGGCUUAAUUCAGGGAACUGGAGCACAGAUCCAAUUCCCUAGAUCAAGAGCCCCUCACCAGCAUCAAGGAGCCUUCCUUGAGGGGGGGCACACUGUUUGAAAAUUAUGUUUGAGGUGUAUGAUGAAAAUAUAAACAUUAAGACGUAUAAUUUAAAGGAAUGAAUAAUUUUAGUCAUUGGAAUUUAGUGGCAAGGCUCUAUACAUAAAUGUGUCAGAUUAGAACAUAGUAUAGGCCUCUUUUGAAAAAAUGUGGCUUUGUAGCCUAUUGGGUUUUAGGGCUGGUUACUUGGAAUAUUUUUUGCCUCCCAUUAUGAUAUUAUUAUUAUAAUCAAGGGGGAAGCGCUAAACCCGUAGGAUUAUACAGCCCCAUUAUGAUAAAUGUUGAAUUUAUUAAAUUUUUAUGCAAGUUCAGAA